CGCAAAUGUUUCAUUAAGAAAUUGUAGUUAAUAAUUUUAAAAAUUAAGGCAGGAGAAAUUUAAUAAUUUGUACAAUGGAUAUAGAAACUUUAUCUGCUCAUUUAGGCAGAGUUAAAGUACCAAACUCAUCAGAUAAAGUUUAUAAAGAUGAGUGUGUGUUUUCAUUCGACAACCCGGAGUUUGAAUCAGGUUUAUAUGUUAAUCUUACCACUUUUUUGGGCUUGGGUAGAGAUCAUAUCGAAGGCUACACUCAACACACUGGAAAUAAAUUAUAUUUGCAUAUGCAUCGUGAAAGAAAAGAGGUUGCCCCUGACCAGCUUGGAGAUGGUCCUGAGAAGAAAAUUACUCGACUUGCAAUUGGUGUAGAAGGUGGAUUUGAUCCAAACAUCGAUAAAGGAAAAUUUGAGUAUACAGAUUAUUAUUCUGUGGUACUUGUGCCAGAAUUCCUUACAAUAAAAUGGCCGAACCAAGAUUUACCAGAAAUAAUAAAGCAAUCAGUUCAAGGCAUUUUAGAUGCUCAAUCUGCUACUAAACUGGCAGAACUGGAGUCAUUAUCAGGAACGUGGGAUGGUGAGGCUAGAUUAGUUUCAAAGCAUUCUCAUACUUUGCAACAGCUCAACAAUGGAAAAAAAAUUCCUCCAAGCAAUUGGAAAUGUGAGAAAUGUGAUCUCACCUCGAAUUUAUGGCUUAAUUUAUCAGAUGGAUCCAUUUUAUGUGGCAGAAAAUUUUUUGAUGGCACAGGAGGAAAUGAUCAUGCUGUUGAACACUACAAAGCCUAUGGUUAUCCUCUGGCUGUUAAAUUGGGUACAAUAACUAAAGAAGGUAAAGGUGAUGUUUUCAGCUACGAUGAAGAUGAUAUGGUAGAGGAUGUUAACUUAAAGCAGCAUCUAGCACAUUUUGGAAUCAAUAUAACUGAUUUAGAAAAGACUGAAAAAUCUAUGGUAGAAUUGGAGCUUGAUUUAAACCAGCGAGUAGGGGAGUGGGGUGCUCUUACUGAAAGCUCAAAUGCCUUGAAACCUGUUUAUGGUCCUGGUUAUACUGGACUGAGAAAUUUGGGAAAUUCAUGUUAUUUGAACAGUGUCAUGCAGGUAUUGUUCACUAUACCAGACUUUAUUCUUAGAUUUGUCAAUGAUGCACCUAGGAUAUUCAGCACAUUUCCAUUACAUCCUGCAGAUGAUUUUAAUGUUCAAAUGGCAAAACUAGGCACAGGAUUGCUAAGUGGUAGAUAUUCACUGCCCCCAAGUGGGUCUCACGAAAACCCAGGAAUUGCUCCUAAUAUGUUCAAAAACCUAAUUGGGAAAAACCACCCUGAUUUUUCUAGUAAAAAACAGCAAGAUGCACAGGAGUAUUUGUUGCAUUUCAUAAAUAUUUUAGAAAGAAAUAGUAGAAAUAAUGUUAAUCCUGCAGAUGCACUUAGAUUUACUGUUGAGGAUCGAGUGCAGUGCAUGGCUUCUCAAAAAGUUAAAUACACAACAAGGGAUGAUUGGUGUUUACCAUUACCUAUUCCUCUUGAUGCAGCUAUUAACAAGGAAGAAGUUGCAGAAUAUGAAAGAUGUAAAAUGGAAGCUGAAAAAUGUGGCCUAAGAACAGAUCCUGCACUAACUGUACGACCGAAAAUUAAAUUGUCUUCCUGUUUGGAAGCAUUUAGUCGAGUUGAGAUAGUUGACCAAUACUAUAGUACUGCUGUAAAUGCAAAAACAACUGCAGCCAAAACCUGCCGUCUUGCCACUAUGCCUGAUUACUUAUUUUUGCAUUUAAAAAAAUUUACUCUGAGGGAGGAUUGGGUUCCAGUCAAAUUAGAUGUAGCUGUGGAGAUGCCCGACAUUUUAGAUUUAUCUCAGUUAAGAGGCAAUGGGUUGCAACCAGGCGAAGUUCUAUUACCUGAGUUAACUGGACCACCACCCCCAAUGCCACCGAUGGAUGAAGGAGUGAUGGCACAAUUAGUUGAAAUGGGUUUUCCAUUUGAAGCUGUUAAACGGGCAAUGUUCUUCACAAAGAAUUCUGGGUUGGAGGCAGCUACUAAUUGGAUGAUGGAACAUAUGGCUGAUUCAGACUUUGCUGAUCCUUUUGUGCCACCAGGACUUGAUAGGAAAUCUGAUAACUCUUUUGUGCCAAAUGAUGAAGCACUGAGUAUGAUUAUGGGUAUGGGUUUCACUAGAGAUCAGGCGAUUAAAGCUUUGAAAGCUACUGACAAUAAUAUUGAAAGAGCUGCCGAUUGGAUUUUUUCUCACGCUGGAGAAUUAGACAGCAUGGAAGAUGACUUUAGUGCAAACCAGGGCAGUGAAGGUGCUUGUAAUUCCGGUGUUUCAAAAUGCAGAGAUGGACCUGCCAAAUAUCAAUUGGUUGCAUUUAUAUCACAUAUGGGUACUUCAAGCAUGGUAGGUCACUAUGUUGCACAUAUAUUAAAAGAUGAUCGCUGGGUUAUAUUUAAUGAUGAAAAAGUAGCAUUAUCAGUAAAUCCACCAAAAGAAUUGGGUUAUUUGUAUCUUUAUAAAAGACUGUAGGUAUUUAAUGAUACUCAUUUUUAAUGAAAUUGAUUCAUGCAGAUUUAUUAUAAAUUUUUAAAUAAAAAUGUUUCAAAACUGA